CAUUGCGUUACGCACCCCGAAUACACGUGAAAACUACGACUCCCACAUAGCUUGAGCACAGCCACACGAGCUGUGCUGUCUGUAUGAAUGCUGAACUUGGUUUAAUUUGAACAGGAGUGCGCGUUUGUUUAUUCCUGUUUAUUAGUUGGAAUAAUACAUAAAUAAACCCUUUUUGUUUCACAAUGGCGGAAUUGGACGGAGAAAUAGUCUACCAGAGUGGCAGAACAGAAGUGGGUGAGUCUUUCUGUGAGGAUACAGCGCUGGUCAGAGCCUAUGACAAGGCAUUACAGAGCGUCCCGGCGAUGGAGCGCGAGGGCUGUCACCCGCACGUCAACGUCCCGGGGGAAUCUGAAGGAGAGAACGAGACAAAGAGAGAGGAAGAGGAAGACAAGGGGACAAAAGUGCAGUGGCAGGUGGGGUGGCGGUGUUGUGCAGUCUGGUCGGAGGAUGGGCUGGUGUACCCCGCAAUGGUGCGCAAGCUGUUGCCGGACCGAGGGAGGUGUGUAGUUCGGUUUGAGGGCUACGGGAACGAGGAGGAGCAGGAUCUCAGCGCCCUGCUGCCAGCCCAGGACUCUGAGCCCUCCGAUCCCACCCACACCCAGGACUCUGAGCCCUCCGAUCCCACCCACACCCAGGACUCUGAGCCGUCCGAUCCCACCCACACCCAGGACUCUGAGCCCUCCGAUCCCACCCACACCUCUGAACCACAACCAGAAUCUGGACAGGCAUCACAGUGGCAGGUUGGGUGGCGGUGUUGUGCAGUCUGGUCGGAGGAUGGGCUGGUGUACCCCGCAGUGGUGCGCAAGCUGUUGCCGGUCCGAGGGAGGUGUGUAGUUCGGUUUGAGGGCUACGGGAACGAGGAGGAGCAGGAUCUCAGCGCCCUGCUGCCAGCCCAGGACUCUGAGCCCUCCGAUCCCACCCACACCCAGGACUCUGAGCCCUCCAGUCCCAACCAAACCCAGGACUCUGAGCCCUCCGGUCCCACCCAAACCCAAGACUCUGAGCCCACCCACACCACAGAACUACAUGAGGAGGAUGGUGAGGAUGAAAGCCGCCCGGAGUCUUUGAAACCUGUGAAAAAGGAAAAGGCAAAGAAGCAGGGCCGCUCCUGCCCUGAACGCAACCACGCUUUCCCGUUCCCCUUCCCGUUCCCCCCCCCAAUGCCACAGGGAUACAGCGGCGGGCCCACCUUCCUGCCCCUCCCACCCCCUCCCCCUCCCCCUCCCCCUGCCUUCACUUUCCACUCCUCUAACUGUGAAGGAGCUGCUGACGAGAUCGACGUGGACUCGCUGUCCAGCAUGCUGCUCUCCUGGUACUUGUGUGGAUAUCACACCGGCUUCCACCUGGGCUUGCAGCAGGGUCGAGCAGAAGCUGAGAAAAACUGUGCCAAAAUCAAACAAGCUCAGCUGAACACCAACAGGAAACUCAGGAAGAACCUCUCAUAGAGGUAUGUUCAGCAGACCCUGUCCUUCUCUCCUGUUACUGCAGCACUGCAGACAGAAGUGCUUCGGUGGCUGCUUGUAAUCUAAUUCACACAAGUUUUUUCUGAACAGAAAAAGAAAAAAAAAUCAAAUCUUUGCAUUUGAAUAAUUUUUUUGGUAUUCCUGCACUUAACGAUUUAUUAAUUUACAAUACAUGGCGUAUGCAGUACGUCUCCCAGCUGAUGUAUCUGCUCUGUUUUAUUUUCCAAGUGAACGUUCACAUCGAUCAUCUUUUCGUUAUUAGUUUGGGAGCUGUUGGCUGCCGCUUGCUCCUUGUCUGCAGCUCGGUACCUUUUAAUAACGGUUUGGGGCAGAUCUUGUUUGAAAGGGUCUGUCUGUCGCCUGUGUUUCAUUACAGCUGUGUUCGGAUACAACAGCAAGCUGAUGACAGCGGUCAGACAUUAUCAGGCCUGAUUGGGAUUCAGAUUCGGCAGAGCUGCGUCUCCCUCAGUCUGCUCCUCUGCUGUCAGAGUGCAAUGAGGGUCUGGACUAAUGUGAUGUGGAGCAGAUAGGCUCAGAUGAGUGUGGAUCCUAACUCCCUACCCACUUGAUUUUGCACUUCAGCAAUGAUCUCAUUGGAUGUUUCUGAAUACUGAUGUAACAUGCAUGUUAAUGGAAAUUACCUCUAUUUAAAAACCGACUAUAAUAUUUGAAUGCAUUUUUGCAGAGUGCCGCUGUGUUUUUGUAACUUCUAAAGCACGCAAUUAAAAAAUGCAAGGUUUGCCAUGUUAUUUUUCUGAGCUUCAAAUGAGCUCCUGCACAGUGCAUCCUGCAGGAAAUAAAGGUAGACCAUGUGGUAUAUCAGCAUGGUUCUGUGUUUCAACAAUGAAGAUAGAAAAUGCAUUCUUGAAAUCCAUGUAAUUGUUUAUUAAAAUGUUAUGGACCAUUUAGGUAUGUUUUUUAAAUAGGGGUGAUUGCAUUUAAAAUAAGAUUAAAACUCUGUCAAACUGGCAAUAAAUGAGAGAAGUCUAGAGGUAACUCUUCCACAAUGUAUAGUGCAUUAUUACUCCAGUCCAUUGCGUGGAUUGACUCUGGUACCAACUUCUUAAGGGAUCUACCCAGGUCUGCUUUAGAGAUACCAGAGGAAAGUCUGAUUCGGUACAUGCUAAAGCUAUAUCCAAGUUUCAUGCCACUUUCACAUGAAGCCCUGUUUGUGUUGUUUUCUCAGCACUUCUCGUCUCCCUGUGCUCGCUUCUCGUUGUUGCAGGGGAUUCAAGCAAAAAGAACUGGUCAGAAUCUCAGGGCUGGACCUGGUCAAGAAGAUCUGCGCUGUUAAUUCUCAUCAUCAUCAGGUAGAUGUUCUUUUCUCUUUUGAGUAUGGUGGACACGCCACCAUGACUGGAAAUGCCCUUUCAGAUUCAGUUUGGUUUUGUCCGAUAUCGUCUGCUUUCGCAGACCCUGAUUAGCACUACACCUGGGCUAGCGUACCCCAGGUAACAUUAGGCAGUCCCAUGAACCCAGGCGGUCAUUCCUUUUUGCUAAUGUGUGAUACAGCCGGUGACAUUUGUAAGUAAGGUGUUUUUGCCAUUGUAAAUAAAAUAAACACUGUUUGUUUUUUGGA